AAAAAUAAUGGAAGAGUCAAUAGAAGACGAUAAAGAGUUUUUUUUUUGGAAAGAAAACCAAAAAAUUUUGAAUAAAAAUGAAAAAAUAAUAAAAAAUAAAAAUGCAUCAUUAAAUAGCUGUAUUACUUGUAUUAAUGAAGCAAACGAGGAGGAUUAUAAGGAAAUGAAAGAAAAAAAGAUGUCUAAUACAUUUGGGGAAACUGAAAAAGAUGCAAUAAUUGAAACUCAAAAUGGUUUUUUAGGAAAAUCAAACAAUAUUCAUGAGAUCUAUAAAAAAUUCGAAAAUGAGUCCAUAGGUGGAUGGAAAACAAUGGAAUAUGUUAUCUCAAAUAAUGAAAUUACGAAAAAUAAUAAUUCAAAUUCAAGAACUUCGGAAGAUGAUGAAUGGCAAAAAAUAAACGCAAAAGGGUAUAUUAAAUUAAAUUUAGACGAAGAUAGUUUGUCAGAUACGUCAUUAAAUGAAAAAACAUCAUAUUUAUUUUCUCAAGAAAAUUUUAAAAAUAAUGAAACAGCAAUUCUUUCACAAAUGAAAUUUACAAAAGAUCUUCUUACAGAAGAACAGAGAAUAGCUUAUGUGAGCCUUUGUAGACUAAUUUUUGUAGAAAUGAUUAAAAAAAUAUCAUUAUUACCUUUGCAAAAAGAAAAUGACAAUACGCUUAUGAAUGCCGUUCAAAGUAUGGAGUUAUGGGGCCAGAAGGUAUUAACAAAAUUGUAUUCUCAUAUGGAUAUUUCACCAGAUGGUAUAUGUUAAUAAAAAAAUAUGCAUUUUUUUUAUUAAAACGAAAAAAGAGCAGGUAAUGAUCGAGCAAUUAUCAGAACAUGGUAUUGAAACGAGUGAUAUUACAUCAGUGCUUAUGGCAACAACUCAAAUACAUAAUCCUUUUAUUAAUAUUCCGGAAAAUUGUGAUAAUUCAAAUGAUGACAAAUCCCCAUUUUUUAUAUCGAACAUUAAUACAGAUGAGGAUAAGUUAGAUAUUAAUGAUAAAAAAGUUUUAGAUUUAGAUAUACGUUGGGCAAUUUUAUGUGAUCUUUUUCUUAUACUAGUAGCGGAUUCUAUAUAUGAUUCUCGUUCAAGAGUUUUUUUAGAAAGAGUAGGAAAGGCUAUCUCCAUUUCAGCAUUAGAUAUUACAAUCUUUGAAAAAAAAAUUACAGAUGAAUUAAUUAUUCAGGAAAAUUUUGAGGCAUCUAAAAGUGAUCAAAGUGUUCUUGAAUUGAGGGACAAAUCAUCAAGAAAUAAACGUUAUAUACUUAUGGGCCUAGCAACUAUUAGUGGGGGUUUAGUAAUUGGACUUUCGUCAGGUAUGUUAGCACCUCUUAUUGGUGCAGGUUUAGGAGCAGCAUUUUCAACUAUUGGUGUUGCCGGAACUACUGGGUUUUUGGUAGGAACUGGAGGAACAGCUUUAAUAACCACAGGGGGUGUUGUUACCGGAAGUACUAUUGCAGUUAAAAAAAUGUCUAAUAGAAUUAAAAGUAUUAAAGUUUUUGAAUUUAAACCUCUCUAUGAUAACAAACGCCUUAAUCUUUUAAUAGCUGUUCCUGGUUGGAUGCUUAAAAAUGAUGAUGUUAGACUCCCAUUUUCCACUAUAGAUCCAAUUAUGGGCGAUGUUUAUUCGAUAUUAUGGGAACCGGAAAUACUUCAGUCAGUAGGAAAAACUAUUAAUAUUAUUGCAACAGAGAUUUUGACACAAUCUUUGCAACAAGUUCUUGGACAAACAGUUUUAGUUACUUUAAUGAGUGCUUUACAGUGGCCACUUAUACUAACUAAAUUGGGCUAUUUAAUAGACAAUCCAUUUGUAACAUCUUUACAACGCGCCAAAUCUGCAGGUUUUGUAUUAGCAGAUAUUCUUCUUCAUCGAAAAUUAGGAAUCCGACCUAUUAGUCUAGUUGGUUUUUCAUUAGGCUCUCGAGUAAUAUAUUAUUGCCUUUUAGAGCUAGCUAGAAAGCAAGCGUAUGGUAUUAUUCAAAAUGUUUAUUUGUUCGGUACACCUGUUGUUAUUAAAGAGAACAAUUGGAUUUUGGCAUCAUCGGUUGUAGAGGGCCGAUUUAUUAAUGGUUAUAUCAAAAAUGAUUGGAUCCUAGGAUAUUUAUUUCGAAUAACAUAUGGCGGAAUAGGACAUAUAGCUGGGUUGCAACCUAUUCAAAAAAUAUCUACUAUAGAAAAUAUUGAUGUGUCUGAUUUAGUUGACGGCCAUAUGAAUUAUCGUGAAGCAAUGCCAAAACUUAUGAAAAAAGUAGGAUGGCUUAUUGAAAGUGAAGAAUUUCAAGAAAUUGAGGUUCCUGAUCCGGACAAACAUAGGGAAAGACAAAAGGAGCUGUUAGAAAGUAUAGAAAUGGCAAAAAAAAAUUCGAAAAACGAGAAAGUAACUAAAAAUUCAUAUCUAAAAAAAUUUAAUUUGUUUCAAAAAAAAAAAAAAGUAGAUAUGAACUAUAACUCUAACAACGACAAACCUAUUCGAUUUAAUUCAUUGAAUACUCCUUCAAAAGCAUAUGAUUUAUUUUCUUCAAAUGUUAAAGAAAUAUAGGAAAAGUCAGAUUAUAAAAAUACUAAUACUGAUGUUAAAAUUACUUUUCCGUCUACUAAGUCAACAUUUAUCAAAAGCUAUUAUCUGAAAGGCUAUGGUAAUAGACUCAAAGGGCCAAAGAUUUUAAUUAUCAAAAUCCAUAUCAAAUAUUUUCAACAAUUAAUGAUCAGAAAAAAUAAUUCCAAACACAAAAAUAAUUCACUUAAUCAGAAAUA